AUGUAUAUCAUGCCUCUACUUCAACCAGCAGACGGGUUUCAGACAGUGAGACAAUGUCGAGUAGCCCAGCUCGAGGACAAUAAGAACGUUUUCGUUAUGAAGCGACAACGUGAAAAUACCGAUGGCUCAUCAAAAGCUAACAAGGCUGCAAAUGUUUUCAAAAAAGCUUGGUUAAAAGAAAUUGUGAAAACUGGGACUGUUGAUUCAAAAGUUUUGAAAAACGUGCAAUUAAAAAAUAUUUUUGAUUUUUCAGAAGAUGUUGAUGGUGCAUCAGUUAUGUUAGGCAAAAGGAAUAGAGUUGCUGCGCUGAUUCGUGCUGAGGUUCCGCAUCUUACUGAACAGCAUUGUGUAGCGCAUAGAGAUGAUCUUGUUAAUGAAGUGUGA